UCUCCUGGUGGCACUGUGGGGGUGCUGUGCCCAUGCCUGUGCCCACAGCAGUGUCCCCACCGUGUCCCCACAGAGGUGCUGCUGCGGGUGCAGGUGUUUGAGAGUGGGACUCUGGCCCCGCUGCCGCAGGCGGCCCUGGACGUGUUUGGCGCCCGCAGCGCGCUGGCAGCCGGGACCACCGACCACACGGGCACCGGGGUCCUGCCCGUGCCCUACCGCCUGGGCUCCUGGCUGCUCGUCACCGCCGCGCGUCGCGGAUACGUCACCGCCUCUGUCCCCUGGCGCGUCACCAAACUGCCACUCUACGCCUCCAUCAGCCUCUACCUGCUCCCGGAGCGCCCGGCCACCCUCAUCCUCUACGAGGACCUGGUCCAGAUCCUCCUGGGAUCCCCAGGUGGCCGUGGGCAGCCGUGGGCGCAGUUUCCCCGGCGGGCAGCCCGCCUGCCCCGCAGCUCUACCUACAGCCAGCUCGCCGCAUCCCUCACCGCCGCCUCCGGCCCCGGCCCGGCCCGCGCCUUCCCCGCCUUCCUCGGGGCCGAGCAGGACGGCAGCGCCAAUGGCACCUGGCUGGAGCUGGCGCCGGUGGCGGCUGUCAGCGUCCACCUGUUCACCGGGAACGGGACCGAGGUGCCGCUGGCCGGCCCCGUCCACCUGUCCGUCCCUUUGGCCCCCGACGCCGCGGCCGUGGUGGCCACCAGCGUGCCAGCCUGGAGGUUUGACCCCAAGAGCGGGCUGUGGGUCCGUAACGGGACGGGGCUGAUCCGAAAGGAAGGCCGGCAGCUGUACUGGACGUUCGUCUCCUCCCAGCUGGGAUACUGGGCAGCAGCUCUGCCCUCCCCCAGCACAGGGCUGGUGGCGAUGGCAGCAGGUGUGACAGACAUCACCACCUAUCACACCAUCUUCCUCCUCACCAUUCUGGGUGCCCUGGCGCUGCUUGUCCUCAUCCUCCUCUGCCUCCUCAUCUACUACUGCAGGCGGCGGUGCCUGAAGCCGCGGGCGCAGCACCGCAAGCUGCCGCUGCCGGGGCCGCUGGACGCGGCGCGCCGAGACCAGGCCACGUCGGUGUCCCAGCUGGACCUCCUGUGCGGGGGCAGCCACCUGGAGACCGCCUCCUCGGGGGGGGACACCGACCUGCCCACCCCCAGCCUGCCCCCCUCGACCCGCGAGCUGACCCCCCCCCCCGCCCACGAGGACUACGGGCGCCCCGGCGAAGCCUUCGGCCUCCGUGCCGCCCGCUCGGUGGACGGGCUGCAGCCGCCCGACGAGCACCCCCGGGGCACCCCCGCCUUCCCCCCGCGGCCCCCCUCGCCCUCAUUCUCCCGUUACGGGGCGCAGCCGACCGAGCACCCCCUGCCUGAGCCCCCCCCGCGCCCGCCCUCGCUGGCGCCCCCCGGCCCCCUGCUCCUCUGCGGCCCCCUGGACCGGGGCGGGGGGCCCGAGGAGGUUUACCGGGGGGUGAUGCCCACCCUGCUCAUCCCCGCCCGCUACAUGCGCCUGGCCCCCGGCGAGCCCGAGGGUCCCCCCGAAGCCGAUGGGGGACCCGGCUCGACGGCGGCCACGGCCGCGCCCCCGCCCCCCCCAUCCUCCGGGCAGCCCUUCGAGGAAGGGGAAAACUGGGGCGGGGCCCGUGCCCCCCAACCGGUGAGUGGCUCGGUGGCCAUCCCGGUGCUGCUGGACGGGUCGGCGGUGGCCCAGCUCAACGGGGAGCUGCAGGCGCUGGCGGGGCAGCAGCUCCUGGAACUGGGGGGGCCGCGACCCCCGAGAGCCUGGUUCGUGUCUCUGGACGGGCGCUCCUCCCAGGUUCGGCAUUCCUACAUCGACCUGCAGGGCAGCGAGAGGGGUCCCGGCCCCGCGCCCCCUCCCCGUCUGCCCCGGGCGGCCGGAGGCGGGGAGGAGGACGGGGGGCCCCGGCCCCCCCUGCCCGCAGCCUCCCCCGAGGACAGCUCGCUGGCCCCCUUGCUGGAAGCGGGCAGCGGGGGGCGGCGAGGGGGGGGCAGCGGGCGCAGCAGCGCCAGCGAAGCCCCCCGAGACUCCCUGACCAGCCCCGAGGAGGAGGCGCUGGCCGAGGCGGGCGACGCGGGGGACGACGGGGGGGACCGCAAAAGCCCCUGGCAGAAGCGGGAGGAGCGGCCUCUGAUGGUCUUCAAUGUCAAGUGA